GUUUUUAAUAUACAUAAAAGCAGGGGCGUAUUUUGAGAACGUUGAAAUAGAAAGGAAGAAGACAAAUCUGAUGUUCGUCGGCGACGGGAUCGGAAAGACGCAGAUAAAGGGCAACCGGAACGUCGUCGACGGCUGGACAACUUUCCGAUCAGCCACCGUCGCCGUGGUAGGAGGCGGGUUCAUAGCAAAAGGUAUAACCUUCGAGAACUUCGCCGGGCCAAGCAAGCACCAAGCCGUGGCCCUUCGGAGCAACUCCGACCUAUCGGCAUUUUACCAAUGCAGCUUCGUGGCAUACCAAGACACUCUCUACGUCCACUCCCUCCGCCAAUUCUACCGCGACUGCGACGUCUACGGCACCAUCGACUUCAUCUUUGGCAACGCCGCCGUCGUCUUCCAAAACUGCAACCUUUACGCUCGAAAACCCAACUCGAACCAACGAAACAUCUUCACCGCCCAAGGUCGAGAGGACCCCAACCAGAACACUGGAAUCUCCAUCUUGAAUUGCAAGGUUGAGGCCGCCUCCGAUCUAAUCCCGGUUCUCUCGUCGUUCCGAACUUACUUGGGUCGACCCUGGAAGCUAUACUCAAGGACGAUUUUUAUACGAUCAUUUAUUGGGCAGCUCGUAGACCCAGUCGGGUGGCUUGAGUGGAAUGGGACGUUUGCAUUGGACACUUUAUAUUAUGGGGAGUAUAUGAAUCGAGGGCCCGGUUCAAACACAACUGGUCGGGUUAAUUGGCCGGGUUAUCGGGUGAUUAAUAGUUCGACGGAGGCGAGUCAGUUUACGGUGGAAGGGUUUUUAGAGGGUAGCCAGUGGCUUAAUUCGACCGGGAUUCCUUUUUUCUCCGGUUUAGGUUAGACCAAAAAUUGGAAGUGGAGGUUCAUCGUGGAGUGGAUGAUCCACGGUCGAUUAAUGGACCGUCUGUGAUCAUAUAACAUCGUAGGUGGUUGCCAUUUUAAUCUAGUCUAUUUAUAUUGCAUCUGUUAUGGUA